AUGGAAAAUAAUCAAUAUCUCAAUCAAAUGUUGACUCGCGACAUUAACUUCAUUUUAGAAUACCAACUAAGACUAGUGAAUGUGGCAUUCGGUAAGACGGCAACGCAAAGUAGUGAUUGGUCAGCAUCUUUCCCGGCAAGCAAUGCUGUGGAUGGUAAUACCGCCACAAACUGGGGUAGUGGUAGCUGUACCAGUACUACGAAUGAACAAGGUGCCUGGUGGAAAGUUGAUCUCGGGGCAAACUACCUUGUGUAUGAAGUGAUUGUUACUAAUCGCCAAGACUGCUGUGAAACGCGUAUUGUGAAUUCUGAAAUCCGUGUCGGUUUGUCAGAAGAUAUUUCCCAGAAUACUCAAUGUGGUGAAAAAAUAACUGUAAGCCAAACCAGUCAGGCUAACAUUGAUUUCCAAUGUAGCAGUCCAAUAGUUGGGCGUUAUGUUAGUAUGCAACUUGUAGAAAGAUCUGACUUACUAAACUUUUGUGAAAUGCAGGUCAUGGUAGAAGAAUCCCAACUAGAGCUAACGAAUGUGGCAAUUGGUAAGACAGCAACGCAAAGUAGUGAUUGGUCAGCAUCUUUCCCGGCAAGCAAUGCUGUGGAUGGUAAUACCAACACAAACUGGGGUAGUGGUAGCUGUACCAGUACUCAGGGAGAAGAAGGUGCCUGGUGGAAAGUGGAUCUUGGUGCAAACUACCUUGUGUAUGUAGUAAUUGUUACUAAUCGCCAAGACUGCUGUGAAACUCGCAUUGUGAAUUCAGAGAUCCGAGUCGGUUUGUCAGAAGAUAUUUCGCAAAAUACUCAAUGUGGUGAUAUAAUAACUGAAAGCCAGACCAGUCAGGCUAACAUAUAUUUCCAAUGUAUCAGUCCAAUAUUUGGGCGUUAUGUUAGUAUGCAACUUGUCGAAGGAUCUGAACUCCUCAACUUCUGUGAAAUGCGGGUCAUUGCAGAAGAAUUAUAGAUAUUGAAAUACAAACAACUGUGGAGCAAAGAUCACAUUUGAUGUCAGCUAAACAAGCG